CAUCCCAAAGGCAUUCUUCAAAUUAUUUGCACUUUUGCGUGUAGAGAAUGGCAGAAGCCAAUGAAAACGGGAAUAGGAAGAUGAAAAAACGGAGCAGAUCAGGGAUGAGCAUGGAAAUGGAUGCAGCUCCAGCCGCAAAAGUAAAGCUCCCGCAGGACGAUCUUGAUCUCAACCUUUCAAGGGAAGUAAAGGAUAUUAUCAGUGCAAUUCAGCAAAUUCGUGAUAAAGCUCACAAGGAUGGCCAGAAGAAAACUCAGGAGAUCAUCAACGGUGUUUCAUCUGAAGUGAAGGCCGUGCUAGACGAGGCUAAGCUCAAAUAUGACAAAGAAAGGCAAAAUUUCAUCAAAGUUGCCACGAAGACUUGCAAAGAGUGUGAGAAUGCUCUGAAAGUUGAGUCCUCCAAGUUUCAGUCAGCAUAUGAGAAUUUCUGCAAGGAAAAAGCCUCCUUUUUGCAGGCUUACAAGGAGAUAUAUUCCAGAUUUGAAGAUGACAAGGAGAAGCUCCUUAUCCAGUACGAACAACAGAGAAAGAAAGAAAAGAACGGCCUUGUAGAUCUACAGAAACUUUGUUCUGACAAGAUUGCAGCAGCUGAGGAUGAUCUCAAAAAGCAAAAGCGGGAUGACAAGUCGUUCAGCAUUCUCCGCAAAUCUCUCGAUUCUUUUCUCGAAAGUGGCUCCGAUGAAGACGACGACUUAGAAGAUAAUCAUGGAUUCGACUAACGAACAACAACAAAUGUUAUUCAUUUUGAUGCGGUCCGUGAGCUUUAAAUGUGUUGACUGCUUCAAUAUGUGAGAUGGGUUAAACAGACAACGUGUCCGUCAUGCCACCACAUGAGAUUCUAUUCACGGGCUUGGCCAUCUUUCUUACUAAAAUAGAAAACAAUCUCAAAGCUAUGUUAUUUGAAUGCAAGCUGUUGCUUUACUUAACGUAUCAAAUCGUUUUGCUUAUCGAGACGUAAGCUGCAAUGUGUUUGUAUCUGUGAUCAUGGUUAAGUCGACAUAUUACUGGAAUA